AUGAAUAAGUUCGUGUUUAGCUUCACCGUGAUCCUGGUGCUGGCCACGUUUGGCUCGCUGGAGGUGAAUGCGAAGAAAAAGCUCCCGAACAACAAGUAUGGCGAUGGUGACUUUGAGUUCAUCGAUGAGGAUGAUAAGAGCAGCCAACAGCAACAGAUGGAUCCCGCGGCCGCAUUGCAGCUGAAGCAGGAUCAACAGCAAAUGAUUCCAGAGAAGAAGAAGUGGAUUCACGACCCUUCAAGUGACCUUUGCAAACCACUCAACUGCAAGAAGAAAGAACUCUGCCUACUGGAGGACGCCUAUACCGCCGUUUGCGUCUCGAAAAAGGAGCUCCAUAAGAACAAAUUCAUCAGCAGCUACAAUUCACUUGCAAACAGGGAAGAGAUCAUCACCAAGAGCAAAUACUUUGAGCAGGAGGAAGCGAAGCGCAAGGCCGAAGUGGACGCAGAAGCAGCGGCAGCUGCUGCAGCCGCCGCCGCCGCCGCCGCCGCCUCCUCAUCCUCCUCCUCCUCCGCCGCCGGCAGCAACAUCAAUGCGAACAGCGGCGUGGGCGGUGGAGCGCCCGAUGGCGGGGCCAGCAUGACACUGAUGGCGGCCAGCGGAGACAGCAGCACCGGAAGCAAUGGAAACGAUGGAACCAGCAGCGGGCUGGAGCAGGAGGAGCGCGAGGAUGACGAGAGCUCGUCGCAGGAUGACGACGUGUUCUACGACAGCGAGGGUGGCGAGAAGGAGGAGGACUGCAAGCCCUGUCCGGUGGUGAAGCCUACGUUCCUGUGCGGCAGCGACAACCGGACGUACUCGUCGCUCUGCCGGCUCGAGUACCACAACUGCAUCCACGUUAGCGAGGUUAAAGUGAGCUGCAAGGGCUUCUGUCCAUGCAAAGCCAACAACCUGCUGCAGGACCUGCGAAAACAGCAGCGGAUGGCCGAGCGGAUGAGCGCGUUCAACGCCAAGUACCAGCGGACGCUCGACAGCAAUGACAUCAACGCAGACAACCUCAUUCCAUCGGAAAAGGUAAGACAACAGCAGCAGCUGAAGGAGGAAAAGAACCGGCACUACAACCACAUCAACUCGCAGUACACAUUCACGCCGGAGGAGAUCAAGUACGACAACAAGCACUACAAGUACAUUAAGUACACGACGUACAAGGGCAAGCCUUCAGCGCAGACAGCUCGUCAGUCCGGUGGCGGCCAGUACGAUGGCUACGGUGCCCCGAACGGGGGCUCGGCCCGUUCCGCCGGCGAGGACAAGCACAAAAUCCGAGGCUACAACGAGGUCCUCGACAAGUCGUCCGGCAGCAGCGGAAGUAGCGGCAGCAGCAGUAGCAUCACCAACAUCAAUAAUGGGAACAUCAAGCCAUCUAAAUUGUCCGGCAGCUCGGCACGGUACGCGAUGAAAUCGAGCGAAUGUAAACCGCAGCAGCUGACGGCCAUCGGCAACCGGCUGCUCGACUGGUUCUCGGUCAUCAUGGCGGACAGCAAGAAGCGGCGCCAGCACCAGCAGCAGAAGAACAAGGUGCACUUCCCGGCCGCCUGCAAGCUGGAGGCGCGCUGGAUGUUCGGCCACCUCGACCUGAACAACGACGGCGAGCUGUCGACGCAGGAGCUGUACGAUCUCGAGCACGACCAGAACGAGCGCUGCAUCAAACCGUUCAUCGACACGUGCGACCUCGACCAGGACGGGACGAUCGAUCCGCGCGAGUGGUGCCGCUGCUUCGAGAAGACCGACCGUCCGUGUGCCGCGGUCCGGCGGCGUCUCGGCAACGAUCUCAGUGGUUCGUACGCGCCGGAUUGUGACAGCCAAGGGUUCUACAAGCCAACCCAAUGCCACCAGGCCGUCGGGGUGUGCUGGUGUGUGGAUGAACACGGGGUGGAGUUUGCCAACACGCGCACCCGGGGCAAGCCAAACUGCGAAGAAAUCAUCAACAACGCCACCACUCUGAACUCGGACGACGAGGACACGGAAGACUCGGACGACGAUGACGACAGCCAGGAGGGAAGUGCCGACCGCUUGCUGGUGUUCUAAGGGAACGAAAGCGCACCAAGACACGAGCGUGGCCACGCCGUUACCCCGAGAGGUUCACCUUCCGUAGCUAUUUCUUUUCACCCAAACCGUCAUUCGGUGCGCCACUUCGGUGCGGGCGGCGAUUUUCCAAAGCGUUCGGCGACGGAGCGAUGAGCCGGAAAACGCCCACCACGCGUGGACCAGGUGACGCAUCACGGUACGUCAACGUAUGCAUCUUCUUAUGUUCAUCGCGUUUAAUGCAACCGAUAAGCAACAUGGAUUAGACAAAUCAUCUUUCCUAACUUCCCGUCCCAGAAAAGUCCACCAAAGUGUGGUGGUGUUGGUGGUGAAUCGAGAUACAUUUUCACGUUUGAAUGAAUGAACACAUUGUUACCAGGUGGGCGCGAUCCCUCUGUUAAUCUCUCUUUCGCUCUCCGUCGGUCGUGCGUACGAAACACUUCUUGCACGUUUCUACAGCAAUGCUGCUCCCGUCCUUUGCAUAGCUCGUACGUUUUAUGUAGAAAUUGCAAAACCUUGCUGAAACACUUUAAAGGCACAUCCGACUAAUGCUAGAAAUGGUCAGCGAGUAAGAACUGUUCCACAGACCACCACAACUCUUUUAAACAAGCGUCGAGAGAGAACCGAAACAAAGAUCGGAAGAAAAACGCGGAAGGAGAAAGCAGAGGCAGAGGAUAGAAAAAUAAACUUAACUCUUAGAUACUAAGAAAAGCUAAACAAAGUAAUAAUUUUCUUUAGUGCUAUCCGUCUUUACUGCUGAAACGCAAAAAAAAACUGGUGAGUGAGUGUUACGAUACGUGGCAGCAAAGCAGAGGAGAAAAACUUGAAGAAAAAACCGGCCAAGAACGACACAAGCGAGUGUCUGCGUGUGUGUGUAUGCGUGUAUUACUGUUAGUAACUCCAUUUGAAGGAAAAAAGCAAAGGUUUGCUGACCGUCAGCACUGUAGCCGAAUGCAAUCUCUAGAACAAAUUUCUCAGCGAACAAGAACCAAAGACAAACGGAAGUAAUCAAAACGCUGAAGCUUUUUUCAUCCAAGCCAGUGUGUGUAUGUGUAUAUGUGUGCUGUUUAUGGACCUGUACACCUACGAUCAAUGUUCCGUCACAUGUUUCUUGUACAUUUCAUUUUGUAGCAAUAAAAAAUAUUCACAAAUUAUUCGAAAUGAAACAAUCAAAUUCAAUUGUUUUAAUGUAAGAUUAUUCGGUCACUAUUUUGAGAAGAAAAGCAAAUUUUCAAACACAAAGACACGUUAUUCAUACGACGAAAAAUAACUGCAUGGGUACAUCACUGUUGGUUUAGUCAGUCGGCCAUUAAUUCUGUAAGCCCAUUCGGAUGACAGCGUCAGCUUACAACAAGUAGGCAUCGAUGGGGAAAAACAUAUGAUAAAACAAACCAAUCCUAGCAUCCCUUGCGCACGUUCAACUCGCUGUCACCAAUGUCAAACGUAGUACAUACUGUGGGUUUGUAAUUUGUUCUGUUCGAAUGUGAUGCUAUGAGUAGAGCAAUUUCUAGCAAAUGAAAGCCGAUUGAAAAUUUAAAACUGACGAUAAAAUCAAUGCACUGAGCUUUUAUUGUUCCAUAGAACGCAAGUGAAAGGACGCCUAGGCCCGGUUGCAUGCAAACGAAAGCUACCAAUUACUACUAUUAACUACUACUACUAACACUACUACUACUACUAUUACUACUACUUAUACAACUACCUACCGCUACCCACAGCACUUACACACCAAAGCCACCAGCUAACGUACCGCUAGUAGCAAAAGAAACUGACUCCUAGAGGAAAAAUCCAUAGCAUGCUGCAAUUUCCGGCAAAAGCAAACGAGGUAUGGAGAAAGGUGAAGGAAUAAAAUUACGAGCGUUUAGAUGAAAUUUCAGCAUUAAAACUUCAAAAACGUUUGUCAGGCAAGGGAUGUGUAAUGUACCGCAAGUGGGGGACAAAACCAGGCUACAAAUGAAAAAUCAAACACUUAAUACGAAACGAAAUGGUCAAUCAGGAUAAAAAAUAUGCAAACAAACACAUGAUUAUGAUUUCGAUGAAACGUAAACUAGGUAAUAAAAAAAAAAAAAACAAAACGUAGAACUAGAUCGCAAAACCAAUGUGUGCUACAAGAAUGUGCUGCAGAGUUGUUUAGAA